CCGGAGUCCCUAUUCAGAGCGAAAUGCAACGAAACAUCCCGACUAUAUCGAAUACCGCCUAACUAGAAGAAUAUUUUAAUGUCCAAUGCCCCAUGAUUCCCUGAGUGCUGUUUUUCAGUUCUUUCAACUUCUCGCUAUCUUUUCCUUUUCGAACAUAACUCCUGAAAACGAAGUCGCCGCGUUUCCAGUACGGUUAUCUUGAUCAAGUCACACAGAAGGAACAAACUUUGUCAGAACCAACAGCAUGCUUGCUUCACUCGUUGAUAGGCCGUUCCAAGUAUGCUCUCUUGCUAUAACUCCCGUCCUGGCACUAACACGGAACCUUUCAUCAGGUCCUUUUCUCAGCAGUGGUCUUGGGCCUAGCCGUGCCCUGAUCCAAGACCAAUGGAAUAAUUCCUCACCGGCGGCAACCAAAUUUGCCGCAUUCGCUGGCGCGUUCGGCCUUGUUGUUUCUCUGCUUGGUAUCGUAUCUGUCUUCGUCACCGCAUUAGAAGGCCUGAUCACCUGGGUUGUGGACACACUCGCAGGCCUCUUCUUCCUCGCUGCCGGGGUAGUGUUUGUCGUCCAUCUCAAGACGACCAAUUGCGAUAUCCAUAUUGCCAUCCUAGCAGAGAAUCCGCUCCUGAACGGUGGCUGCGCUGUCGAGCAGGGUGAAGAGUAUUGCUGGUACAUGUUUGCCGGCGAGUGGUCCGAAGAGGCCGCCUACGGGGUUCUUCGAGAUCGGUGCAGGAUGGUUCAGGCCGAUACUGCUUUCUCAUUCCUAGCGUGUUUGACGUGUGUCGCUGCCCUCUCCUUGAGCUUCUUCUUUGGUCGUGGAGGGACGAGGAGAGGAGGCGCCAUUUAGGAGUCUGCCCUACUAGUCCGUGUUGAAAUACUCCGUCAACGCCGAGGAGAUGGCCUGGCGUCUAUGAACGAUUCAACUGGAUCCUGCUAUGUAUAACAUGAACGCACUUGGCUAGGUACUGCUACUUACA